AUGGUUGCCAAAAACUUGCUCUCCGGUUUCACCUUUUUCUUUCUAAUAAUUUCUGCUGCUGUUCAGGCUGUUCAUGCUCACGGACGCCAAUGUAGUGAAUUGCUCGUGUCUGGGAAGAACCCUGUUCCAGACAGCGCCAUCACGGCGUCUUCGACCUGGGCCGUUAACGUGGACACGAAGCACAUUCCGCAAAGGUCCCGUAUUGAUCUAGGCCUUGACGCGGUCGGCAACGGAGGGUGGAGCGCAAACUUCAACGACGAUAAACAGUGGCUGCAGUUUGAUCUGGGAUUUUCUAGGAAGAUAACGGGCGUGAUCACCAAAGGAAGACAAGGGUAUGGAACUGACCAAAGCAGAUGGCAGUACGUGACCGCCUACAGACUCCAGUACGGAAACGCAACCGAUGACAUGAGUGUUUAUAGUGACCACGACCACGAGCCAGAGGUGUUUGAUGGCAACUGGAACCCCGUCACGCCGCAGGUGCAACUCCUUGACCCCCCUAUCAACGCCAGGUACAUCCGGAUUAACCCGGUCAAGUGGCACAACCACGUGUCCAUGCGUGCUGACCUUCUUGGAUGUCCACUGACGGACACCAACAAGGCCACUAUUAUUGGGUAG